AUGAAUGUUGACACGGAACCACUCAGUUCACAAGACAACAUCGAAGAUUCCAUCAUGACUGGUGCAGAAGAAAAUGUUAACUGCACUUGUGAUUUUAUAAACCAGACCUUUGAAUCAUCGGAUGCAGCUUAUAACUUGUAUGUACGUUAUGUGAGGUGUCUCGGGUUUGGAAUUUACAAGGGUGAUACAGCACGUGGAAAAGAUGGAACACAGCGCAGAAGGAGGUUUUUUUGCAUCAAGAAAGGAAAGAGAGCCGAGAAAUACAUAUCUAGUCUGAGUAGGAAGAGGGAGUAUAGAACGCUGACUCGCACUGGCUGUGAAGCCAUGCUUGCGGUGUAUCUUGACACUAAAACUUUGACUUGGAGGGUUAAAAAAUUAGUCGAGAAGCACAACCACGAUCUUGUCCCACAAUGCUUGGUACACCUUAUUCCAAACCACCGAGGGUUGACUGAGCCACAAAAAGCUCAGGCGAAUACCAUGCAUGAUCAUGGUCUCCCAACCUCUAAAAUAAUGGGACUAAUGGUAAGCCAAGCCGGUGGUUAUGCCAAUGUCGGGUUCACAAAGAAGGACCUAGAUAAUCACUUUCAAAGAACUCGUCGUGCAAAGUUCAUUGGUGGGGAUUCUAAUGCGACGACUAGCUAUCUACUUGGGAAAGCAGAUGUUGACCCGAUGGCCAUGGCAAGGUACAGUUCUAACUGCUGGAUGCCCCUCAUAAUUUUUUGUUCCUAG